AUGUAUAUGCCAGCAGAGUUUUCGUUGCUGCAUCAUAGCCAGUUCAAGCGAGACGCUCAGCAAGAGUCCGCACGCGAUUCCAGAGUCAUAUUCCUUUCUGUCUCCGCAGCUGCACUCAUCUUCCUCACUGUUGUCUUACUAUCAUACACAUACAUCAGACGCCGCGGUGUGCACCGAAAGCUCCCACCAUCAAGAACCAGUUGGCAGUUUUGGAGAACACGCAACAAAUCGUAUGGCCAAGUAUCAACGCACGAUCGGUCGCAGAGUUAUUCCGGAACUCCCACUACUACCAACGACAGAGCCACCUCGGAAGAUGAGUCCGCUGCGCGCUCAGCUGUCGAGGCUGGUGUGGACAGAAAUACCAGUGUUAGAAGUGUUAUGACACUGCCUGCAUAUUCCCAAGCCCCAAAGGAGUCGGAACAGGUUAUUGGUCGCGAAGGUGAAAGAGCAGGAAUGGACACCGUCGUUGAAUUCCCUGAAACCGUAGAUGAAGAGGAAGCCAGACGGGACGAGGAGAUGGAGUCUUUAUACCAAAUUCGGCUGGCAAGACGGCGGGAAGUGGAAGAGCGAGAACGAAGAAGACAAGAAAGAAGAGAAGCGCGGGCCAGAGGCGACUUCGAAAGGCUUGAGGAGCUCAGAUUACAAUCCAGGCUCAGAGCCGAAGCGGCGAAUGCAGGCUCAACCACUGACCUGACAGCAGCAACAAUGUUAGCCGAGCACCAAUCUCGUGGGCGGGAUCGACGAGUAUCGAGCGUCUCGUAUGCCGACGUGGGCCAUGUUCGACAUGAUGGCAGCCGCCUCCGAGCUAACAGUGAAGAUUCCGAACGGGGCGGCUUACUCGAUGGUGCUGCUCCUAUGGGCGAAGGUCCAAGUCAAGGUCCAAGUCAAGGUCCAAGUCACAGCCGUGUUGCAUCCGGGUCUUCCUCGUUCUUCUCAUUCCUUCCGCACCCUCGACUGCGCGGGCGUUCCCCUAGCUCUCUGAGCAUCUCGACAGCAGCGUCUGAGCUGGACACUCCGCAGCCUGUUCUGAUAACACCGCCUGCUGUCCACGAACACGUUCGGAGUAGUAGCGGCCAGAGAAGUCCGCGCGGAUAUGAUUUGGCCCACAAUAGGACCUCUUCAUCUUCUCCAGCAAUGCCGAGCUUCACAACAGAAAUCAGCGGCGGGUCGGAUGACGUUGGUGAAUCCCAUAUUCCACCUCCUCUGGGUCCCAGUCCUCCAGCCAUGGCUCCGCCUCCCGAAUACGAUGACCAGUGGGGUGAUGCACCUGCCUACAUAUCUCCAGUCCAGGAUAGAGAUGUUGCGGCUACCUCUAGCUUCCCGAACAAUCACAUUGGACUCCAUGAUGAGGCGAUACCAAGCAGAAGGGACGGCCCUCCUAUGAGGAUAGCCAGUAAGGCUCCAAGGCUUCCUCAGAUUGACACCCUCCCUAGCAUCAGCGUCGAAGGAGCCACAGAACCAAACACACCUGCAAGUCCUGUGAGAAGGCAAGGCACAUCUGUGGAGCCUUGA